AUGGCCCCCCUUCGCACUCGUGAAGAGGUUCGCACCCAUCGCCCAGAUAGGCCACUAAGCCCCCCUCCUAGGCCUCCGUGCGUAAGGGGGAAAGAAAACAUGGCAGAUGCUGCUGAGGAGGAUGAUAUAAGAGGCGUAGAUCAGCAUCAGCAUCAGCAUCAGCAUCAGAAUCAGAAACAUAUAAUAAGAUCAUACCACCACCACCACCACCACUACCGCUUGUCCCAUUGA